AUGAGAUCACAAACACAACCUAGACAGCGCGUCACGAUGUCGCUUGCAUUAAUCUAUGGAGUUGGUGCCAACUUGCAGGUCAUGCAUCAGUCGACGCAAACUCACAUCGUGCAGCCGCGCACAGGCUGUCGCACUGCAGUCGCAGGAGACGAUUGUUACAUCAGAACGUCGUGGGCGAUGCAGACAGGAGUCCUAACAUUUCCAGAUUUGUUUUUCCCGUUGACCAACCAAUCCAGUUUCGAGGAUUUCCAGCGGCACCUGCACGGCAUGGCCAGAUUCGCCAAAGUGUGCCCUGAGCCUUGUGCGGCGCGGGCGCCGGACAUGUCGGCGCCAGAGCAGGUGCCUGCGUCGGACAGUUGCCACGCCCCCGUCGUGGGCGACGAGUGUCACAAGAGAGUGGUUUGGGCAAUGAAGACAGGCGUCGUAAAGUAUCUGGACCAGUUCUCUCCCCUGACAAGCAGCUCCAGUUUCGAGGAUUUCCAGCGGCAUCUCCACGGCAUAGCCAAUUCGCCAACGUGUGCCCUGAGCCUUGCGCAGCGCGGGCAACAGAGAUUUUAG